GCUGGUUGUUGCGUCUGUCUGCCUCCGUCCCCGCAUGCCAUGUUGUGGAAGGCACGCAUGGGGGUGGGGCCACCAACUGCCAGCGUCGGUCCGCCGCGCACCUUGGUUCAACUUUCCAUCCACCCAUCCUCCAGUGAGUGCCUGCCCCACACUCCGUGCCCCCCGC